UGCUGGCGGAUGGGAAUUAACUUGUUUCACCGAAUUGGCUCACAGGGGCAGACACUGCACAGCUGCCUGGCACCGCCUCGCCUGUGAGCCGCACUGCUGCAGUGAGCUGUAACGUACUUUGAAACUUUAAAGCACACUCGCACUGUCAGACUGAAGCAACACCCACAGGGUCGUUUGAAGGACUGUUUGGAUCGAAAGAUACCUCGGAAAGCAUUAAUACGUUCUCUGUAAGUCACUCCACUUUCUCAUGGUCAACAUGGUCAUUUCUACUUGGUGAUAUUUAAUCAGCAAAACAAGAAGAAGUUUCCAGCUAGUUCAGUGUCUGGGUUAUGGCUGGAAUUUGCAAGUCUCAGGGUUCGGGAUUCCUAACAGAUAUGUCAUCCAAGCACAAGUCCCUGGGUAAGAACUUUAAGGAUCUAACUCUGGACUCGGGCUAUGGAGGGUUGGCAGGGUCUUGCAGGUCCUCUGUCCUGUCCCUGUCCCCCACCAGCCUGGACCCUCCCACCUGUCAAGGUGGCAGCUUGUGGACCAUCCCAGGAGACAUGAGCUUCGGCCGCGACAGCAGCAGCAGCAACAACGGCUGCCACAAGUGCCGGUCCGAGGAUCCCGAGGGCCUGGAGGGGCUGGAUCUGUGCCCCAAGCUGCCGCCUCUGGACUAUGUGCCCUGGAGCGAGGAGGAGAUGAUGAGCGUGAUGAGGAAGUGCCAGCCGAGUUCCUCGACCAAGGAGGGUGUCUCUUCUCCCUGCGCCACCGCAGGCCUCCUCCGCCAGCUCUCCACCUGCCUGGGCCGAGCCCUACUUCGAAUCGCCAGGGAAGCCCAGCGUCUGAGCCUCCUGUGCGCCAAGUGCACCAAGCUGGAGGUCCAGAGCGCGGCCAAGCUCAUCCUGUCCUGGACGCUGUCAGAGGCCUGCAUGGCCGCCGCGGUGCGGGCGCUGUCCCUCUACAACAUGAGCGCUGUGGAGCCGUUCUCCACGGGGCAGAGUGCCCUGUGUGGGCUGCAGUUCUCGGUGGGGCGCGUGUUCCGCUGGCUGGUGGACAGCAAGGCGGCUCCCCGGAUACACGAGCACGCUGCGAUCUACCUGGCGGCCGCUCUGGAGAGCCUGCUGGAGGAGGUGUGGGGCCGGCUGCUCUCUGCUCAGUCUGGAGGGAGCCUGGAUGAGAAAGCCCUGGAGCACGUUCUCAACAAUGACGCAGAGCUGUGGGGGCUCUUCCAGCCCUACCAACAUCUAUCCUGCGGGAAGAAUGCUUAUGGCGUUCCCUCCCUGCCCUCCUACCUGAGUAUCCACACGCUGGGCCAGCCCGGCUCCCGGGCCCUCUUCAGACCUGCGGAGCUGCAGAACCUCCUCACCACGUCCGUGGGCAGCGUGGCAGAGCUCAGCUCCCUGGUCAUCAACGCCAUGUUCUUCCUGCAGCAGCUGGGAGCUCGGAGUGGCAGUGGGGGGGCCUUCCAGCUGCACUUCAAGCAGGGGCCCGUGUCGUGGGAGCCCGAGGCCCUGCACGUGCUCUACUAUUACACACACUGCCAGCAGAUGGAGUGGGAGAACCCCAACACAGAACCACCCAGGGUCAAGCUCUGCAGCGACAGGCCCUACGUGUCCCUGCCCCCCAUGGCGGAGUGGAUCCGUGUCUGCGUGGCUCAUGCCGAGCACCGGCACAGCCUGACCAUCGACAGCAACGACGUCCAGCAAGCAGCCAGACUGCUGCUGCCUGGAGUGGACUGUGAGCCGCGGCAGCUCAGGGUGGAGUGCAGUCUCUACGCCUCCAAGCGUCUUGAAGCCCAAUCGGCAGAGCAGAAGCUGAGGUGGAACCUGGCCUUCCGCAUGCUGAGCUGUGGCCGCACUGACCUGGUGCAGCCAGCGGAGGCGCUGCUGGGGCCAGAGGGGAUCAACUCCCUGAACGAGCAGGGCCUGUCCCCUCUCAUGUAUGCCUGUGCCGCUGGGGACGAAGCCAUGGUCCAGGUGCUGCUGGAAGCCGGAGCGGAUAUUGAUGUUCAGGUCCCCAGUAACCUACAGAGGGCUCCCUCGGCUCACCCCGAGAUGAGGCACAGGACUGCACUCGCGUUCGCCGUUGUGUUUGGGCACAUCUCUGUGGUUCAGUUGCUUUUAGAAGCUGGUGCCGAUGUGGACGGAUGUGUCACCGAUGGAGUGACGUCGGAAUCUCCUUUACAGCUUGCAGCAGCAGCGGGUCACUUGGAACUGGUCUCCCUGCUGCUGGAGCACGGCGCGGACCCCCUGUGCGGCGCGGACUGUGAGGGAGGGGUGGGGGCGUCCAUACAUGGGACCACCAAUGCAUUCAGCCUGGCUGCAGCGCACGGGUACAGAAACGUGCUGCAGAAGCUGCUGUCCCAGCCGGCGAGUCGCAGCAGUGAGAUCCUGUCCCUGGAGGAUAUGCUAGCAGAGGGUGGGGGGCUCUCUGCCCCAGCCAGGCCCAGCCACAGAGUGAAGGCACGCAGGAGAGUGCUGCAGGAGGCCGUGUACCAGAGUGUGGAGCACGGCUUUCUGGACAUCACCCUGGAGCUGCACAGACAAGAAGCCGUGCCGUGGACCCUGCACACGUGGCUGGAGUCUCUGCGCAGCUCCUUCUCUCAGCGCCGCUGGGACGUGACCCAGUGCCUGCUGGGAGAGUUCGGUGAGCUCAGGGAGGUGUUCAGCCAGGAGAUGGUGUCUCAAGGACUGCCGAUCCUCUUCAAGAUCCUCCACAACAGCAAGAUUGAAUCCACGUUCCAGCAGCUGGCAGCGAUCUUCAGCCGGUGCUACGGGCCGUACCCCAUCCCUGCUGUGCCCGACACUGGCCUGCAGCAGCAACUCCACCUGGAUCCCUUGUUCCUGAACAAUAAGGAUAUGUCAGACAUCACCUUCCUGGUGGAAGGGAAGCCCUACUGUGCGCACAAGGAGCUGCUCAUGGCUGUGUCCUCGAGGUUUCGGAGUCUCAUUUCUGUGGCUUCCUCCCAGUCUACGAGCCAGAUUGAGGUGCGGGACGUGACAUACACCGGCUUUCAGGUGGUGAUGCAGUAUAUCUAUAAUGGAGGUGUUGAAGGGACACACAUCAGCAAGCACCAAGUUCUUGACGUUCUCCAAGCAGCCAGUUUCUUUCGAUUGAAGGCCCUGAAACGACACUGUGAGAUUCUCUGCACCAAACACAUCUACCCAGCUGAGAUUGUCUCAGUAUACCGGCACGCCAAGCUGUACAAGGCCUCCAAGCUGAAGGUGUUCUGCGAGGGAUACUUUCUGAAAAACAUGCCUGCCCUGCUGGAAGUGAGCUCCUUCCGGCACCUCCUGCUGGGCGUGGAUGGUACUGCAGGGGACGAGAGCCUGUCUCACGACCUCCUCCAGACCCUAGCCUCCAGAAUGCAUGCAAUCUACCACCCGUCCUACAAGGAGACGAUCGUGUAGCAUAGACGGGGCGGCUGUGUGAAACCGUGCACAGAGCCGAAGCCAGUCCCUGACUGCCCUGGCAGAACUGUGUGUGCGUGUGCGUGCGUGUGUGCGUGCGUGCGUGUGUGACAUGCUUCAUUUCAAUAUGUUUUUCAGGGAUGCUACAACGACUCAGAUUACAAUUACUGCACAUUUACUGAGGCACUAAAAUGUUUGCUUUGCACUAAAGAGACCACAUUGCGACCUCUAGGGCUUUUCACUUCAGGGGUGUUUUCAAAAAGUGGGAAAUGAUUCAGCCAGAAAUCCCUGCUUCAGGCUGCAGCACGCUGACUGUGGAACAGCCUCCUCACCUGAGCCUCUUUGGGGCCGUGUGGGAGUCACACACAUCACAUUUCUUACAGAGGGACCUGAGGUCUGCUUUUAAACAUUCAGGCAGGCUGCAUUUGAUUUAUGCCCUGCAAAAAAUGGUAUGCUGAAUUUUCUGGAACUACGACCAUUGGUCAUGUUCUAUCCAGAAGAAGUAUGACAGCUAUCAUGUUUGUAUUGUUUUUACAAGGGGGAAAUAAAUGUAUGCAAACCGAUGUCUGAUACAUAGAUAAACAGACAGACAGACAGAAGGCUGUUUCUCUGUGUUACAGUAUUACUUUCCCAAAUGGUUAAACACUGCCUGGUACAUAUACAGUAAGUAAAAGCCCUGCAAGUUACAGUUCUAAUGUAGUUCUUUUUGUUGUAUGUAAUAAUUAGGCAGCGUUGUUCUCGCCAUUAAUUUAUCAUUUUGUUUAUUGUUUCUAUAAUAGUUUUUUCAACUGAGCCACCUUUUAAAGUGUUUGGUACUAAUUGUUAAAAUUCCUAAGAGUUGUGCAAUAUUGUACAUAGUUUUUUUUUGUCUGUUCUAUGCAGUUUCUCCUUUUUAAUUUAAUUUAAUUUAAUUUAAUUGUUUUUUUUUUUGUAUGUUUUGUACAUAUUUGUAAAGCUGACAGAUUAGAGACAGAUGAUUAAACAUGCUGCUGUGGCUGCUUGUUGAUA